GAGCACAAUUCCAACAUUGUUCCGAGCGAGUUAGCUGGCUGGCUCGCGCUCGUGCUAGCGUUAGCCAAAAAACUUUUAUAAACUGUUUUCUUUGUUUAACUUUUUAUAACUACAAUAAACAAAGGAUUAUGAGGUUUAUAUCACUGUAACGAGUCGGACUGUGGAUUUUUAUUUCAUUUUCAAUGGGCGUUUAUUGUGACGUGAAGUUCUUUCAGCGGCUUCAUUCCCAACAGGACGCGGGGAGUCGAGGCGGGAUGGACGUGUACGCCGUGAUGGGAUUAAUCUGACGCUCUCUCGAUGUGGACUGCGGGGAGGUGAAACGAUGGCGACAGGUUGGAGGAACGAUGAGGACGAGGCGAGUUACAGCGUUAACACGCCGCUGUGUGAGGACAUGCGUGAGAAGGAGGAGUCUGCGGCAGCGGCGUCCAUCUUCCAGUCGGAGGAUGAGGUGUUCUCGUGGCCCGGGCCGAAGACGGUGCGAUUACGGCGCACGUCGCUGGGCUUUGGCUUCACCCUGCGCCACUUCAUCGUGUAUCCUCCCGAAUCCGCUGUACAUUCCACUUACAAGGAUGAGGACGGGGAUCAUCGAGGACGAGCUCGGAACAGACUGGAGCCCAUGGACACCAUCUUUGUGAAGCAGGUUAAAGAGGGAGGGCCUGCACACGGAGCCGGGCUCUGCACAGGAGACCGCAUCGUGAAGGUGAACGGAGAGAGCAUCAUCGGGAAGACGUACUCUCAGGUCAUCGCCGUGAUCCAGAACAGUGACACCUUUCUGGAGCUGAGCGUGAUGCCCAAGGAUGAGGACAUCCUGCAGCUGGCGUACUCGCAGGAUGCCUACCUUAAAGGUCAUGACGCCUACAGCGGAAACGCUCGCCACAUCCCGGAGCCGCCUCCCAUAUGUUACCCACGAGUAGACUGUAAACCCCUCGGGAUGGCUGAGGCGACGGAAAUCACCACCUCAGGGGGGCUGCAAUCAGAUUUGGGGUACCGCGUGGAGAUACCUGUCCCCCCCUCGCCUCCACCGAGAAUCCCGAAGACUCAAACGGCGGUGUGCGUGUGCAACGAAAGCGUCCGGACGGUGGUGGUGCCGCCGCCGGUGGACGUCCACAUGGUUCCCGGAGAGUACGGUCACGCGGGUCCUGAACCUAUGCUGAUGAGAACGAGGUCGUAUCUUCACCCACGCAAACCUGACCUAUAUCCUCCAGGUUACCAUGGAGAUUCGUAUGCUGUUCCACCGCCUCGUUAUCAUCCGUCUUCUUCCAGCGUUUCUCCAGCUUCCCGUCAAAAUAUCGACUGGCGGACGUAUCAGACUUACAGGGAGUACAUCGACCACAAAGGCCUCCACACGUACAGUCGGACGAUUCAGGAGCGCCUGGACAGUUUGCGUGCUGCCGCGGCCGCUUCCCAGACCUCUUCGAACUUUGCGCAGAAAGCCCCUUGGGGCAGUAAAAUCCGACGCAGGAGUACGUCGCAUGACCGGUCCUAUCAAGGCCCCCCUAUGCUUCCGCCUCGCAGUGCCUCCCAGGAUCGGAUGACUGGGUCAGAAAGAGCGUCCCGAGCAGAAGACUGGCCUCCUCGGAGCAUCUCCUCAGACGCGAUCAUCCGGAACGUUCGAUUUCAUUCCACAGACUACAUCGAGCACGGUGAAAUGGCUCCUUGGCCUGUCGAUCGGAGAGGUUAUGCCAGGACGGAGCAAGGACCGCGUCCCAAUCGCCAAGCCGUUCCCCAGAGACCGACGAUGUAUCCGCAUUCCUACGGGAACAACGUCCGAGGUAAAUCCAGUCCACAUCAGCUGAGCUGUAGAACGGACAUCCCGCCUCCUGCGGUUUCUUCCGACAGAGUCUCGCGCGUUGGCAAAAAUCAGCCCAAAGAAGCACAGCCGUGUAAAGACCAAAGACUUUUAAGUCAUCACGUUGGGGUUUCUGCGGCGAGCCAGCAGUCCAGGACUCGUGCCGAGACGAUGCAGAGUCCAGACCCGGUCAAAGAAGCCUCGGUGGGUCAAAGGUCAACUUCCUGCUCUCUGCCUACACCUUCGAGGCAGGCCCAGCCCGCAGCUCCAGGGCAGAGGACCCACCCGCGGGACCUCAAGGGAUUAUCGGUGAACGGGUGUAGUCCAGUGGAAGGUGUGGUGCUGAGAGAGAAACUCUCCACGGGGAAAAGCACACCGCUGCGCCAUCCUUCCUACAUCCAGGCGCAGGAGCAUCAAGACUCCCUGUUCAGCUCUGCUAGUCUGAACGAAUCGCUCGACUCCAUCCCCUUCAUUGAUGAGCCAGCGAGUCCGAGUGUGGAUCAGAACGCUGGUCAUAUCUCCGCGUCAGCUGUGAUCUCCAUGGCACAGAGCGUGGCGGCGGCGGCGGCCGACUCCCCCUGCUCCGACACGUCCAGCCCUCUCAUGCACAGACAUCUGUCUCACGACCAGGAAUCUCUCAGAAGCGCUAUUCUGGAACAAAGUGGAACCAAAACGGAGCGCUCCAAAUCGUAUGAUGAAGGUUUGGACACGUACAGGGAGGAGGGGCGACGUCGUUCCAGUAAACCCAGUCUGAAGGUGUUCAGGAAGGCGUUGGAUGGUCAUAAAUCGUCAGACGACUCCAGUUCGCGGCGAGACUCGUGCUCGGACAUCUUCCCCGAGUUCUUUAAGGAGGGCUGGCUGCAUUUCCGACAGCUCAACACGGACAAGAACAAACGUGUGGGCGGAGGAAUGCGGGCGUGGAAGCAGAUGUACGGCGUGUUGCGGGGCCACUCGGUCUUCCUGUACAAGGACCGAAAGGAGGCUCACGUGCAUUCGCAGCUGGACGACGAGCCGCAGCAGGUGAGCAUCAAAGCCUGCCUCAUCGACAUCUCCUACAGCGACACCAAGCGCAAAAACGUCUUCCGGCUCACGACGUCCGACUGCGAGUACCUGUUCCAGGCUGAGAGUCGGGACAACAUGCUGUCCUGGAUACGGGCCAUUCAGGAGAACAGCAACCUGGAGGACGACGAGAACGCAGGUGUGACGAGCACUGACCUGAUCAACAGGAAGAUCAAAGAGUACAUCUCCAUGAGUGCUCCUACAAGUAAGGCAGAACCUUCACCCAAACCUUUGCGACCGUCUAUAAGCAUCAAACACACACUGCUGGGGGGCGUGGGGAGCAAGAGUCAGAGCACACACUCUCCCAGGAGCGAGCAGGAGAGGAGCAGUAAAGAUGACUCGAGUCCACCGCGGGACAAAGCCGCCUGGAAGAGAGGAAUCCCAGGGCUGAAGAAAAGGCCACAGGAGAAAAAGCCCACAGCGGGUGUGAUGUUUGGAGUGCGACUGGACAGCUGUCCUCCCGCACACAACAACAGGCUUGUGCCUCUGAUCGUGGAGGUGUGCUGUAAGCUGGUGGAGGAGAGGGGGUUGGAGUACACAGGGAUCUACAGAGUUCCCGGGAACAAUGCGGCCAUCUCCAGCAUGCAGGAGGAGCUGGACACUAAGGGGAUGACCGACAUCGACCUGCAUGACGACAAAUGGCGGGAUUUAAACGUUAUCUCCAGUUUACUCAAAUCGUUCUUCAGGAAGCUCCCAGACCCUCUGUUUACUAACGACAAGUAUUCCGAGUUUAUCGAAGCUAAUCGAAAGGAGGAUGGGGUGGAGAGAUUAAAAGCACUAAAGAGACUGAUCCAUGAGCUUCCUGAGCAUCAUUAUGAAACCCUGAAGUUCCUGUCUCGACAUCUGAAGACCGUCUCUGAGAACUGUGAGAAAAACAAGAUGGAGCCACGUAACCUGGCCAUCGUGUUCGGCCCGACACUGGUCAGAACCUCGGAGGACAACAUGACACACAUGGUCACUCACAUGCCUGAUCAGUACAAGAUCGUGGAGACGCUCAUUCAGCAGUACGACUGGUUCUUCUCAGAAGAAGGAGAUGAGGAGCCUGUAACGUCUGUGGAGCAGGAGAGCACGGUUCAGUCUCAGCCCGUUCCUAACAUCGACCACCUGCUGACCAACAUCGGCCGCACCGCCCCCUCACCUGGAGACUUCUCAGCAGAUUCAGCCACCAGCGACUCUGCCAAAUCAAAGGUGGUGUCGUUGCUCCUUUUCCAGCAGGGCUCCUGGGGCUCGGGUAAAGACCAGUACAGCAGAGAGCUGCUGCGCUCGUCCAUCUUCGCCAGCCGCAAGCGCAAAAAACCCAAAGACAAACCUCAGAUGAGCAGCUCGGAGGACGACCUGGACGCCAGCUUCUCCAAGAAAGAGCUUCAGGACGAGAGCGAGCCGAACGACGAGCAGAACGUAAAGGUCGAGAGCGAGGCAGACGUGUGCGGUCGUCUAGAAAGGUCCGAUGGCGCCGAUCAGAGAUCGGAGAAAUGCCUCGUUGACGUUCCGACAGAAUUUAAAUCCGACAUCCUGCCUCUGAAACCACCGCAGUUCGAUAAAUCUAGCGAGUCUCCGAAAAAACACCGAGCUCAGAGAGAAAUGGCGCGUCAGAAUUCGCUCUCGGAUCCGCCCUCGACCUCGCACGACGAGGGCUGCGUUUCGGAUUUGGGAACGUUGAACAGCACGAGUUCUCAAGCGUCUGGCCCGAGAAUCAGGAAGGGCAGGAUUCCAGGUCCCUGGACGGAGAACGCAGGAGCGGAGGUGUGCUCCAUCACGUCGGAUUACUCCACCACGUCCUCCAUGACGUUCCUGACGGGGAUCGAGUCCACCGCGCUGAGUCCGGCUCACGACGCCGACGACGAGAGGAGCGAGCUGAUCAGCGAGGGCAGAAACAUCGAUUCGGACAGCGAGAGCAACUUAUCCGUGUUCGCGCUCGCCAGAGACGACGGAGCGUCCGAAGACGUUUUAUCUGUACGGGAAGAAGGCGGAGUUGCGCCUUUUCAGACUUCCCCCAGUCUUCUGGUGUCGCAGCGCAUCGUCGCAGGUGACACGUUGGCGCGGAAGAGAGGAAGCCGACAAAAAACGGACAGCGAGUCUUCGACGGACGGCGGACGCAGCGAUCAGGAGUCGAGGAUUUCCAAAAUGCUGGAUGUCGUCAAGGGGAAAAACGGCAGCAGUGAAAACGAACCCGUCUGGCGAAUCAAAAUCACCGAUCGCCUCAAGUGUCGACUUCGCGCCUCCGCCGACGACAUGUUCGGUGUCGGGUCACAGCGCACCAGAUCUCCUGAAACGCGCAGCAAACGGAAGACCAACAUACGGCGCCGCCACACGAUGGGCGGCCAGAGAGACUUCGCGGAACUGUCCGUCAUCACCGGGGCCGAGCUGUCCGCCAUGGAUCGCUUAAAACCCAAAUGCAGCUCGCAGGACUUUUCCAUCACUGACUGGAUCGUCAGGGAGCGCCAUCGCACGAGCAACCCGGAAGUCAGCCUGGAAAACUCUGACCUGUUCUCCGCCGGGGCCUCGGGGUCCAGUUCAGGGAUGUUCAACGGAGAAGCGGUGGCUCAGUUCAAAAGCUUCAGCUUGGCCUCUGACGCUCAUCCACACAAACUGUCUGGGGUGCAGGUGGUGCGCUCACGUUUUUAUCAGUACUUGUGAACAGACUGAAGCGCGCGAGUGACUGAGUGUACGGUACUUAAAACAACAAGUUAUUUUUUUAUACCAGAUUUAAAAAAAAAACAAAAGAAGUGAAGGAGGACGGUACUGACGCAGGUUUCCUACGGUCAGGAGGACGAGGAGGCUGACGGAUGACGUCUUUCUCUGACCGAAUCUGUUUUUAAAAUAUUUCCUCCCUCUGAGAACUGAAUUCUGAUUUGACUCGAGGUUCGUCUCGGAGCGAAGAGAAAUCUCUCGCGGUUCGACCCGAAGACGAAGACCCGGUGUUGCUGGACGAAUUUACGAUUUAACAAUUCCGCUGCCGUGACAAGUCGGGUGUGGUGGUGAUGAAGGGGGAGGGGGUAAACAGGUGGGGUUAUGUUCUCGGAUGAAUUGGGCACGUACGUGACUUCUGAAAAGAUUUUAAGACGACUUGUUCUCGCAAGUGUAAGAAGGUUUCAACUCAACCGAAAUGAAGAAUGUAUCCGAUCUGCUUUGCUGUAACGCUUAAUUUGCGCCAUUUCUCGUUUUAUUUGUACAUAGCCCCUUUAUUUUAAUGUACUUGAAAUGAUUUUCCCAUCGUUUGAGCUUCUUUGUGUAGCGUGUUCUUUUACGGAUAUAAUUAGAGCUGCAGCCGCUUACCUUAUUGUCGUACAGCCGUCAGAAGAAUUCGAAUCAGAAAAAAACCGAGGCGUAAAUAAAUAUCCGCGUCGUCCGAUAUCAGCCGGUUUGACUUAAAGUAGCAUUAAAAAAAAAAAAGUUUCCCUGCAUCGAGAAACAAAUCGAAAAUCUUUUUUACUCCAAACUCACGUGUGAUCGAAGCGUCAAGGCAGAUGUUUAAUCGACAGACGUUUAAAAUAUGCGACGUACGAAAUCCGCUGCUAUCACGACUACUACUCCGACGCAGUUAUGUACGACGUGUUCGAAGUUCGGUUUCUUUGGUUUCCGAGGCGCUUGAUUAUUUAAAUAUACGUAUCGAGACACUACGAAGAGAAAUAAAGCUCGGAAGGCUGUGUAGCUAAUCUAAUCCGAAAACAAACGUGCAUGUAAACCAAAAAAAAAAAAUUUUCCAUGCCGAUCAGCUGAUUUAAUUUGCAUAUAGCUAGCUAGCAUUUUCUCAUUAUUAGGAAAGCCAUGACAAACUUGUAACAUUUUUAUACAGAUUUAAAGCUAAAUAUUUAAUGAAAGUGUUCCGACAAUGUGUGUUUUUGUCUAAGUAAAAAAAGUGGUUUGUGAGUUUGGUGUAAAAAACAAAACAUCUUCGGCUCUUUUCUCGUUGCAAGGGAAACGUCCCGGUUCCAAAAAAAAUACACCUCAGCGUGUUUGUUUCACAUUUAAAGUUGAGAAAUGCUUCUCUUCAGUAUGGCACGUGUGUAUCCGGGUGAUGAAGCUGCACCGCGUGAAACUCGUGCCAUACGUUCUUCUAAAACAUACUGUGAAGAGAACACGUUCCUGACAUAAUGAGAACACGCCUCCUGAUCCUGUUCUGGCGUUUCACGUUGGUCUUAACAUUUUUUUUUUUUAAAGAAAGAAAAACUUCUCUGCAUUUCACUGUUGUAGACGACAUUUGUGUAGAAUAAUUUAAAUGUUGCAGCACGUCUCCCGUCAGUUCUGUAGGUGUUGUACAAGACGGGCGUGUAGACCGUGGGACCGAGGGACUGGACCAUGUUCAUCAUCUCCAGGUGUGUGUGUGUGUGUGCGCGUGUGUGUGUGUGUAUGAGAGAGAGGUCUUGUUUUUUCUAUCAUGCCCUGUCUGCUACAGAUGUGGACGAAUGAAACACUGGAAACACAAAUAAUAAAACCGUUUUCUGUCUGAGCUGGAAA